GAAAUGGAUGGAAAUCAGUCAAGCAUUACAACAUUCAUCCUCCUGGGUUUUGGUAACCUCCUUGAAUUGAGGAUUUCCCUCUUCAUAUUAUUUCUAGCCAUUUACACUUUGUCUAUUACUGGGAACCUCCUCAUAGUUUUUCUGGUGAUAGUUGACCGACAUCUUCAUACUCCCAUGUAUUUCUUCCUCAUGAACCUGUCCUGUUUGGAAACAUGCUACAUUUCAACUAUUUUACCCAGGAUGCUGGCUAGUUUCUUGACUGGGAACAGAUCAAUAUCAGUUGAGGGAUGCAUCACACAGUACUAUUUCUUUGGCUUCUGUGCAGCUACUGAAUGCUACCUUUUGGCAGUUAUGUCUUACGAUCGGUAUCUGGCUAUAUGUAAACCUCUGCACUACACAUCUCUCAUGAAUGGUAGACUCUGCCUCAAGUUGUCAUUCACAUCUUGGAUGAGUGGCUUGUUGACCAACACUAUCAUUACCUCUUGUACACUAGAGCUUACAUUUUGUGGGCCCAAUGUAAUUGACCAUUUCUUUUGUGAUAUCUACCCAGUGGCAAACUUGUCCUGCAGUAAUAACUACUUAGUAAAACUUGUAACUUUUAUUCUGGGUCUUAUGGGAACAGGCCCACCUUUUCUCCUAACACUGUCAUCCUACAUUUGUAUUCUUUGCACCAUCUUGCGACUUAAGUCCAAAUCUGCUCAGCAAAAAGCCUUCUCCACCUGCUCAUCCCAUCUCAUUGUUGUGACACUAUUCUAUGGCUCAAUAAUUCUUGUUUACAUAGUCCCUGAAACAGAAACACUGAAGGAGCUACAUAAGACAUUCUCCCUGUUCUACACUGUCCUGACUCCUAUGCUCAAUCCACUCAUAUAUAGUUUGAGAAAUAGAGAGGUGAAGAAUGCUUUUUUCAGGUCUGUCAGGAAAUACAGAAAUAGAGUUUCAUAA